AAGUGUCUCCCUGACGUCAUCGUGGGUAUAAAUGAGCUCCGGCGGGCCGAGCCGGGGACAGUGCGUCCUGGCUGUACCGUUGUAAGUUUUUGUGUGUGUGUGUGCCCGCGCGCGUGAUUUCCGUGCAUUUGCCUCCGGGGGGAUCCUUAGUUACACCCGGCACGUCGAGCAGCCAUGGAGGUGCAGAAGGAGGCGCAACGCAUCAUGACCUUGUCGGUGUGGAAGAUGUACCACUCCCGCAUGCAGCGCGGCGGCUUGCGCCUGCACCGGAGUCUGCAGCUGUCGCUGGUCAUGCGAAGCGCACGCGAGCUCUACCUCUCGGCCAAGGUGGAGACCUUCGACCUGCUGUCGUCGUCUCUGCCACCCGCGCGACCCUCGGACCCUCGCCUGCGCCCGCCGGGAUCAACGGAAGCUGUAGCCGAUGGAGCAUCCCCGGACGGUGACGAUCCUCUCCCUCCGGUGGAGCCCAUGGACACUCAGGAGGAGGAAGAAGAAGAGGUGGUGGUGGGACCCAGAGCCCGGGAGACCUCUCCUCUUCCUCCUCCUUCUCCUCCCCGCUGCGAUGCGCGCCCCAUCAAAGCCUGCCGCAAACGGCGUAGCAGCCUGAGCGACUGCAGGGACUCCGGGCUGGUGCCGAGCAAGAAAGCCCGUCUGGAAGCGCAGGAACCGGACGAGCAGGCGCCGUCGGAAGUCCGACCCGACCGCCCGCCACCGUCGCCGGCACAAGCGGAGGGAGCCUUCCCCAACCUGGCGCGCGUCCUGCAGCGGCGCUUCUCGGGACUCCUGAACUGCAACGCCGCCGCCCCGACGGCCACGUCGCCCGCCCCGUGCGACGCCCAGCCGACCUGCCGCCCGGCGGACAGCGUGCUCAACGUGCUCGUGCGGGCCGUGGUGGCGUUUUGAGGAUCACCCCCUCCUCCGCCGACGACCAACUUCCACCCCCAGCCGGGCGGCGUUACAGGGUGCCCAGGGCGCGCGCCCAGCCGGAGGCAAGAAUCACUCACUCCCCCCAUCCCUUGGAUAGGGGGGUGACGAACACCAGCCCGUGGAGCCGAGCUGCCGCCGCUAAACACCCCCAACCCCCGGCUGCCGGAUAGGCUCGGAGGGGAAGGGAGAGAUUCGAACUCCUCCCCACGGGAAGCCUGAAUGGCCAUGUGCUAGCGGCGGUGGCGCAGAGGAGCCGGGGGUGGGGAGGAGGAGGAGGGCGCGGGCGCCUUCCGCCGAGACCCUGCGGCGCCCACAGGUGCUGUGUGGCCAUGGACGUGGCCUGACCGCCCCACCUCACCCCUUCCGAGCCGGGAGAAAGGAGAGGUGUCUAGUUCUUUCAUCUCAGGGUCGAACUUGAUUCCGCGGACUCCCAGGACCCCUUCCCUUCCUGCCUCCCCCCCCCCCACUCCCCGGUGACAUAAUUGUGCAAACGGUCAUUGCUGCGUCAUGGGGCAAACGUGGGGAACUUCCUCUUGCCCUUGCGUGGGUGUGGAGCCUGGGAGGAGGAGGAGGAGGGUCUGGGUGUGGACUUGCCCCUGGGGCCUGGGAAGUGACUUGAGUCACCUCGCCCCCGCGAGCUGCUGCUGCUGAGUUAGCGCCCCUGCGCCCUCGCCCCGGGAGUUGAGACUUGGAACUGAUGGCACAUCGAAAGAGAAACGAAGUUUGGGGGGCCGCUGGAGAGAUGGCGUAGUGGCUCAGGCGCUUGCCUGCCAAGCCUCUAAAGGACCUGGGUUCGAUUCCCCAGUACCCACGUAAAGCCAGACUGCACAAGGUGGUGCGUGCGCCUGGAGUGGGCACUUAAUCAGACCAGACUGGACGCCGGGCGUGAAGCUCGCAGAGGAGCGGGGGAGGGGACUGUCCAGCGCGGCCCUGCCAGGACGGUUUCAUUUUCCCUGGAGGGUCUUGUUUACCUUAUCCGUGGUGGGUUGUGUUUGAACUUCCCCCAUCUGUCUUUACCUGGCGUUUUGUUAAAAAAUGUCAGCUAGGAAAAUAAAAAGAAAAAGGCCAUUUUUGUACAGAAA